AUGACCCCCACUCGCGACAACGAGGAAAAAGAGGGGCGCACUUAUAAAGACUAUGCCUACAGCCCUGUACCAGUGAGUUCCCCUUCAGCGGUGUAUGGUACACCCCCGGCCAGAGAGUCCGUGGAGUUAAAUAUACGCGGCAGGACGUCGUUGCGCACCGUCGGCCAUUGCUGUCCUGACGACAUGACGGAGAAGGGUUCCAAGUACGUCCAGUUCCUGGCCGCCGCGGCGGGCAGUUUGUCUGUUGUCGCGACUGGUGCCAUGAUGGGAUGGACGAGUCCGGUUCUUCCUCUCUUGAAGAACGGUAACGGACCUUUAGAAUUGCCAAUCAAUGAAAAUGAAGGUACUUGGAUAGCAGCUCUGAUGGCCCUUGGUGCUAUUCCUGGCAGUUUCAUAGCAGGAUACCUUGGUGAAAAAUGGGGUCGUAAACGAACGUUGUUAUCUUGUACGGCAGUGUUCUUAAUUGGAUGGAUACUUAUUGCUACUGCAAGUCAUAUUGCUCAACUUUAUGUUGCCCGACUCGUAUUUGGAGUGGCUCUUGCUUUUCCAUUUACAGUUCUUCCUAUGUAUUGUGGUGAAAUUGCUGAAACUUCUAUCAGGGGAACGUUGGGUUCUUUUCUUCAACUCUUUAUCACGAUUGGUUUCCUAUAUAGUUAUGCCAUUGGACCAUUUGUCAGCUACACGGUCUUUUGGAUUCUUUGUGGCAUCCUGCCAAUAAUUUUUUUCGUCUGCUUCAUGAUAAUGCCUGAAUCUCCAUACUUCCUUCUCGGCAAGGGUCGCAGAGAUGAGGCGAUCACUUCUUUGGCGAAGCUUCGGAGCAAAUCCGAAACGGCUGUCCAAAAGGAAGCCGACGAAAUACAAGCAAUACUUGACGAGGCGUACAAAAAUCAAGUUACCAUCUCAAUUUUGUUCAAAGACAAGGCGAACUUCAAGGCGUUGAUUUACACAUGUGCCUUAGUUGCCUUCCAGCAAUUCACCGGUAUCAAUUUGGUAUUAUCCUAUAUGCAAGAUAUCUUUAAAGAUGCCGGAGGUCUAGUCCCAACAGAACAAGCGCCGAUUAUUGUCGGAGCUGUACAGGUAUUAGCGUCAGCGGUGACACCCGUAAUUGUCGACAGGUCAGGCAGAAGAUUGCUCCUCAUUUUCUCCGGCAUUGGUGAAACAGUCAGUUUGUUUGCCCUUGGCUUAUACUUCUAUCUGAAGGACGCACAGCAUGCAGACGACACGGUACAGCAGAUAUCCUGGUUGCCGGUGGUCGCGCUCGUCAUCUUCAUCUCCACGUAUUGCGUGGGAUGGGGCCCACUUCCAUGGGCAGUAAUGGGCGAGAUGUUUGCCUCGAAUGUCAAGGCUAAGGCUUCCGGUAUAACGGUUUGCGUCUGCUGGUUCCUGGCCUUUAUCGUACUCAAAUUUUCUAACGACCUCGACGUCGCAUUCGGCAAGUACACGAUGUUUUGGAUAUACGGAGGAUUCUGCGUCCUCAGUAUUAUUUUCACGGUGCUCAUCCUGCCCGAAACGAAAGGCAAGUCUCUUCAGCAAAUCCAGAACGAACUUAACAGGGUGACUUCGACUACCGAUGCCGAGAACGGAAUAAAGAAGUGAGGAGGGAACACACACAUCCGAUAAUCCUGAUGGUGUACGCUGAACACACAAUAAAUUCGUGACACUUUGAAGAGAUCAUGUAUUUAUAAAAACAAAUGGCGGGAAAAUUUUAUAUCUUUAUGACAUAUCUAGAGAUUUAAUAUUUUACAACGACGGAUAAUCAAGUAGAGUACCAAAAAAUAGGGAUAAUAUACAUAUGCCUAUUGUUCUACUGCCAAAUUUAGAGAUAUAGAUAAUAUAAGAAAAAAGCAUCUUUAAGCUUGUGGACCAUCAGUCUUCUUACUAAUAUUGAAACAAGGAAAGUUUUAAUUAAAAAGAAAAACGGAUACAAAAUUAUGCAAUAAACAAACCUCCGAACAAACAAUUUAAAAAAGGGUGAAAAGGAGGUACACUAUUUUUACUUUGACAUUCAAAAUAACUUUUUUAUUUUCUAUACGCAACCAAAAAUAUUUUAUAUUUUUCCAAACGUUUUUACAUAAAAUUAUAACAUAGAGCACAAUUAUAAUGUGUGUUUAUAUAUGUAUAGUAGAAGUCAUUAUGCACAAAUACGCUCGUUAAUAAUAUUUUGAUACAUAUCAUUGUCCAUAAACUUUAUUUCUCGAGCGUAAAGAAAUUUAUAACGUGUCAGUAAACGUUGCUUUUGGCAAGCAAGUUCCUGUUUGGUGGGUGAAGGAAAUGUGAUGGAACAGCAAUAUAAUUCUUCUACUUGUAUUUUAUCGAAAGUCUCUAGUAUUACGUAUGCUGAUUGUAAGAGACGUAGUGUAAGGUAUGAAAAGUGGUUAAUUUUGCAGCGUAUUUCUCGUUCACGGAUGAGAGACUAGUCAUUUUAUAACGUCUGUAUAGAGAAUGUAAUAAUUAACAACGACGCCGAAAAUAUCAUUAUCUAAAAGAAAAUUUCAUGUCGACGAUCAUUAAAAUCAUUAAAAUUGCCACUAAAUUAAGGAAUUUAUAUGGAGCGAAGAAAAAGAGUUACAACAUUGCAUAGUUAUUUUUAAUAAAUAUUGACAAUAACGAAAUGUCAUAUAUUUAAUCAUUUACAAAACAUGAUUUUUAUAUAAUUUGCAUACGAUAUAAAUUUUUAUAUGUAUAAUAAUUAAACGAACAAAAUUAUUUUAAGAAAUAGAACCCGAACUGUAUUAUUAGUUACUUUAGAUAAAUUUUCUAAGUUAUAUUAUUUAUAAAUGAUAUUGUACAUAUUAUUAAUAUUAUUUCAAUUAAGUGGUACUAUUUUUAAACAUUUAAUACACAUUUUUCUUCUUAAUAACUUAUAAAUAGAGAUAACAUGUUUGUAAUUUACACAAAUUUGUAAUUUAAUAAUAUCUAUAUACUAUUAAAAAUUGUAUUUUUUAUAAAAUUUUAUAAAAAUACUUUUAUCUAUUUUUAUAAUACUGCUUCUAAAAUUUAUUUUGGCAAACAAAGUUAUGAGAAAGAGAUAUUGGAAAUUGUAAUUAUAUAAAAUUUUUUUAAUUAAAAACGCACUUUUAUCAAAAAACGCGCUGAUUGUACAUGUUGAUUAACAAAUAAAAUUUUUAUAAACAA